GAGACAACUUAAAGUAUUGAAAAUCAAGAUAUUCCUUGCGGUACAUUACUAUUGAAAAGUUCUUUCGUUUCGAAUGGCUGAUGAUCAAAAGCUCAAACAAUUGCCCCAGCAAUUGAUUAAUUGGCUUCAAAGUGUAUUACAACCUCAAUACCAAAACAAGCAAACCACUUAUACCCACAUUAUCCAGUUCUUACAGUUAUACUUCGAAACAGGAUUUAGAAUUAGGACAAGGGUUUAUACGGCAGAGAAAACCGGUAGUUCCAAUUUAUUGAUUAACUUAUUUGGAAAGAUAAAUGGAUAUAUUCCUAUAGAAAUAUGGAUCCCUUUGUCUUACCCUUUCAAUGCCACAUCCGCUCCAGACGAAGCAUCAGGCGGUAUUCCUAUAGUAUAUGCUGUGCCAAACAAUGCUGAUGGUGUAUUUUUGAAACCAGGGAAUUUUAUAGAUAGCCAAGGAAAAUUCUAUCACCCUUUUUUGAGCCAAUGGUUUAAUCAAUGCAAGCAAGAGGAUGUCAACAUUCUUCGGACUUACAAUUUAGUAAAUCUUGUGAGGUUAUUGAAUGAUGCCUUCCUCAUAGAGCCGCCUAUCUAUCGAUCGAACUCACCUGAUGCCCCACAGCUUCCUCCAAAGCCACCCAGCACCAAAAUUCUUGUCCUGAGCUCAAGCCAAACAAAUGGCCGAAAUAACCCUGAACUAAUACGUUCGCCUCACUUCCCAUCUUCAAUCCGUUCUGACACAACAGGAAUUAUGAAAAAUGACACGGGAAAUGUUUCCAAUAUUCCUAUGAGAUACCAAGCUCCACUACCGAUACCACCACAACAGUUAUCCGACAGAGUUCCAAAAGAAGAAACAUUGGACACAAACAUUUCCUCAAGGAUCCAGCCAAAAUUUGUCUAUCCCACAUUACAAACGCAGAACCAUAGUCAAUCAAUCACUGAACUCCUCGAAACCGAUUUGAUGGAUAGAGAUGACAGAAGUCAGAAAGUGCCAGAUAGCAAGAGCCAUAGUUUAACUAGGUUAUCCGAUAAGAUUAACAGAUGCUUGUGUGAACUUCCUCCUUACUCACAAGAUCGUGUUAAUAAGAUGAAUGGUCAAGCUUCCAAGGUCAGCAAGUUAGGCGAACAGCUCAGCUAUCAGAAUCAACAAGCAUUAGCAAAUAAGAAUAACCUUGAAAGCCAUUUAUCUUACCUUCUUCACCAAUUGACAAGCAUAAAAAAUUUGAAUAAUCGAUUACAGCAAGCAAUAGAUGAUAAUAUCAAGGAUCACCUGAAUGUGCAUUUUGGUUUUGAUCAGAAAAUGAGUUUGGAUGAGGUUGUUAUAUCGGAUUCUGUUUUGACUAAUCAGUUAUAUGAGAUAAGCAGUGAAAUUAAAGCUAAUAAUGAUUGUAUGUCUUUGAUUGGGGGCAGCUUCGACAACGAAAAUGAGUUAAUAGAUGAUGCAAGCUUUGAUACCUGCGUAAAGACAGUAAGAGGCAUAGGGAGAGACAUUUUUUGGCUAAAAUUGAUCAAGCAUGACAUUACAAAUAAGAUGUCCAUAUAA